AUGAGGGGUACUGGAAAUCGAAGCGGCAAAGAUAUGAUUUUCAGAGCUGAUAUGAUUGAUUUGAAGAGCUUGGAUACUGAGCUAGAAAGGCACUUGAGCAGGGUUUUAUCUAGAAACGCUGAGAAAAAUAGGCGUAAAGAAGAGUGGGAGAUUGAUUUGGCCAAAUUGGAUUUACGAUAUGUUGUUGCGAAUGGAGCUUAUGGAACUGUCUACAGGGGAACUUAUGACAAUCAAGAUGUUGCUGUGAAAGUGUUGGACUGGGGGGAGGAUGGUGUUGCCACUGCAGCUGAAAUUGCUGGCUUACGAGCAGCAUUUCGGCAGGAGGUUACUGUGUGGCAAAAACUUGAUCAUGCAAAUGUCACAAAAUUUAUUGGAGCUUCAAUGGGAACUUCAAAUCUUAAGAUUCCUUCAGAUGCUGGCGGUCAAGAUAACCUUCCUUCCAAGGCGUGUUGUGUUGUUGUCGAGUUUGUUCAUGGUGGGACAUUGAAACAAUUCUUGUUGAAAAAUAGGCGGAAGAAACUCCCAUACAAGGUUGUGAUUCAGUUGGCUUUGGACCUUGCUAAAGGUCUUAGUUAUCUACAUUCAAGGAGAAUUGUUCACCGCGAUGUGAAAACUGAUAACAUGUUGCUGGACGAAAACCAAAAUCUGAAAAUAGCUGAUUUUGGUGUUGCUCGGGUUGAAGCGGUAAAUCCAAGUGAAAUGACUGGUGAUACAGGAACUGUUGGAUAUAUGGCGCCAGAGGUUAUAAAUGGCAAGCCUUACAACAGAAGCUGUGAUGUCUACAGCUUUGGCAUUUGCUUAUGGGAAAUUUAUUGCUGUGACAUGCCUUAUAUGAACCUAAGCUUUGCUGACGCGUCAGCUGCAGUUGCUAAUCGGAAUUUACGACCAGAAAUUCCUAGAUGCUGCCCAAGUGCCUUAGCAAGUAUAAUGAAAAGAUGCUGGGACAAAAAUCCGGAAAAGCGUCCUGAGAUGCAGGAGGUGGUGAGGAUGUUGGAAACAAUUGAUACAAGCAAAGGAGGUGGAAUGAUACCAGAUGAUCAGAGUCCAUUAUGUUUUUGUUUUAUGGCUGGUCGCCGUGGUCCAUAGUUAUUCAAAAAAUACUCA